AUGGCGGCCCCCACGCUGCGCACGCGCAAGAGGGUGGACUACAGCUCCGCGACUUGCCCAUCCCCGGGCUGGUAUAGAGUGAAGCCCACCGCGGAGCCGGCGAUGGCGAUCGUGCCUGAGGAGGGCGAUCGGGCGGCGAGGAAGCGCAGGGGGGCCAAGGCCGGCAGCGAGGCGAAAGGCACGGGGCCGUCGCCAGACGAGGGGUCGGCACCCAGGAGGUCACUGAGGAAGAGAGUGCCGUCAAUGGAACAAGGAGGCCGUGGGCAGGAAGGGGACCCCGUUGAGGUCCGGAGGGACGACGGGGCUGUGCGUCGAUCGGUUGAGGAAAAUGGGGAUGGGGAGGCGGCCGUACCCAGGGCCAAGAAGAGGCGCUCUUCGCAUUCCUCGGCUUCUGGCAGGUCCAAGAGGCGCAGCCAAAAGACGCUGACGCCCGUGGAAGAAGCUGACUGCGAAAGCCCCAAGGGGGUGGGCUUAUCUCGACCAGCACUUCAGGACGUCUCGAUGAACCAAUCACGGGGAGAAAGCAAGUCUGGGCCAAGCACAAAGCCGGCAUCCAUCGCUGCCACCAUGCAACAGCGGAGCCAUAACACUGAAAUCGAAGUGGCUGCAGAAUUGGAUGCCAGAAUGUCCUGUGAAGGCAACAAGAGCAAACGUUUAGCCGAAAUGGUGGAUAUCUUGAACCAGCACAGGAAUCUGUGCAUUGACUACAGCAAAUUGAGGCAGGAAAAGCAGAUUGAACCAGAAGAGACAGUCGAAAGGGACCGGGAGGCGUAUGAAUAUGUCAAAACCAGUUUCAUGAAGCUGUGCGACCAAUUGCAACAGGACGUGGAUCAUCAGGCACAGCUUGUCAAAGCAGCCACGGAUGCUGAGGCGGACGCCCGCAGCCAGCUGGUGAAGGUCCAGAAUGAAGUGGCAGAUAUGAGGGCCAAGCUCAACAAUGCAGAGUCUGAGCUGGGAUUGAUCCGUGCCGAGCAGCAGCAGUGGCGCGAAGAGGCAGCACAGCUGAAAACCAGGACAGCUGACCUCGAGCGGGAGCUUGCAAGUGCCAAGGCAGAACUGUCUGCUGGCAAGGAGGAGAACGAUCUUCUGAGGGCACAGGCUGAAAAAGACCUUGCUGAAUCGAGGGAGGGCAGAAUUGCUGAUGUCGCUGUGCUGCAGGAGCAGCUCGACUGGGCGAAGGAGGAGCUUGCUCAGUGCAGGAACGAUGUGCAGGUGAUUGAGGAUCAGCUGAAGGCAUCGAGGGCAGAGUGCGCAGUGCUUGAAGGCAGGUGCCAGAUGGCAGUGGACCAGACUGUGGAGGUGUGCGUGGUGAGGGAGGAUGCUGCCCGAAGGGGCGCGGUUGAGGUCCUGCCCAAGCCCAUCUUAGGAAACGUGGGAGAUCAGACAUCACCAUGGCAUUGUUCUCCACCACUGGCCAAGCCUGGUGCUGAACAGGAAACUGCCACUGUCAGUGGAGGAGAUGGGCUCUGCGAAGCAAGGAUGGUGCCCACCCAGCCCCGGAUCGACAACGAGUGGCUGUCGGAAGUUGUGCCAUGGACGGCGCCAGUGCGAAAUCGUCCCUUCCUCAGGAGGCAAUCUGUGCACGAGAAAGCACUCUUUGGAACUGCGGAGUGCCCUGAGAGGGUCUACAAAUUUGGUGACGUCACCCCUGAGCUAUCAUUCCAAGUCAACAGCCCUUCCCCAGGAGCGCCAGCUGAAGAGGGGGCCACCGAGCAGUGGCCAGCCGAUGGGUGCUCGCCGAGGCAUGGCAUGCAGCAUACUGACAAUGCUGGCAGGGGCUCUUCCCAGACACUGCAAGCACUCCAUCAACCACCCCAGCCCAGUUCGCCCUUUGCCAGCGACCUUCCUUCCUGGCUGUUGGGCCUCAAGGUCAAGCACCAAACUGCUGGCGGCGGCCUGCGUUUCUUGCACGAGGCCUCGAAAUACGAAUUCGAGGUGUCGCCUUGCAAAUCCACGAGCCCCAGGCUUGCGGAAGACCAGCAGCCAGGGGAGGAGUUGGAGUACCGGCCCGUCACACUUGGAGAGGCAGAAGACCUCCUGCCGGUUGGCUACAAGGAGAGGUUCAGAUUCCUGAAACGCCAUGGGCACGAUUUCGUUGACGUCGCGAUGACCGCGCUGGCGAGUGCAGCGCCGAAAGGGCGAGUCCACGACGCGGUGCACGCGCUCGAGGCGGCCAGCUGA